AUGAUUUCCCAAGUUCAUGAGACAGAAUUUGUUGAAGAACAUGAUAGACUUUUCGCAGAGGCUAAGAAGAGCGGAGAUCACUUGGCUGUUACCGCGCACUACUACUCAGUGAUGUCUACGGUAAUAGACGAGUACUUUGGAGGUAACUUCCAUUUUGCUCCACCGAGAAAAGUAAAUAUGUCACUGGAGGAGGCUCUUACAGAUCUCCACAGAAAAAUUGGUGAGCGACUCGGCCUGAAAGAAGGAAAAUCGUGCGUGGACAUUGGCUGCGGUAUAGGAGGUGUCAUCAAGGAUCUCGCAGGCACGGGUGCUGAUUUAACGGGAGUUACUAUAGCAGCAAAUGAAGUCGAGAUAGGUGAGUUCCUUUAGA